UUGCACGCCUCCUCCAGCUCUUCAAUCACUUACGUCACGUGGUGCGUCCCGGGUGGUGGGUGUGGCUUCAGCCAUAGGGUUUCAUUCAUAAAUAGUUGUUGCUUUUAAAUCAGACUUUAAGUGUUCCGCGAAGGUUUUGGCGCUAUUGGCUUCUGCCUAAGUUCCCUCACAUGGACCACCUCAAUUUUAAUUAGCUGAGCUUCUGGUCAGAGUAUAGGCAAGCCUAUGCUGAGAGGACAAAAUAGCCCUGAGGAGGCUGGCCAGCCAGGUGGGUGGGCAGAGGCAGGCUGAGAAUGCAGCUAGGGAGCUGAGGAAGAUCUGAGCAGGGAUACACCAACAACUGCUGCACACAGCCCUCCAUCAGGGGGGACGCUCACGCUCGCCUGGACCAUGAGCAAUGAGUCUACCGUCUGGAUCAACCUCACCGACAACUCCACCGGGGUCCCAUUUGAGCCUGGUAAACAACAGGAUGGUUACGUCCUACUGCUGGUGCUCCUGUCCAUCUUCCUGGGGGGAACACUGGUCCUGCUGUCUGUCCUGCUGAUCAUCUGCAGACAUUGCUGUGAUGGAGACUGCCGCCAUGCCAGGGCCAGCGAUGACCCUGAGAAAACCAACACCAGCUACAUGGAGGAGUCUCAGCCAGUACAUGGACAGAUCACCAUCCGUGUAGACGAGUCAGACUGCCUAUCGGCCGCCAGCUCCCACGUGGACAUGGAGACAGAGCGCUUCCUGUCCACAGGCACCCACGGUGGCCGCCGCGUCUCUUUCAAUGAGGUGGCACUCUUCGACCACGGCAAGAAGGCCCAGGAGAAAGGCCGUAGAUUUACGUUGACUGAGGGUGACUUCCACCACCUGAAGAAUGCGCGGCUCACACACCUCCACAUCUCGCCGAUGGCUCUCAAGAUCGUCACCAUCCACGAGUGUGAGUCAUCUGAGAACAGCAUCGCCAUGACGACCUGCCCUGCCGCCAAGUCCAGCCUCUCCAUCUUCCAGCCGCCUUUGUGUGCCCGACAGCCACUGUGUCCCCUGCCCCAGACAGCAUUGACCAGUCUGAGUGUCAGCCCCAGCUCAGCCCUCCCUGGGGACACCCUUAACUCGGUGGUGGACACCAGCUUCAUUGAGAGUCCCUUGGCACCGGGUCCCAAGGAGCCCAGCACCAGCAGCAUUGAGGUGAUGGUGUCUGGCUCCAGGAAUGGGGGAAGUCCGUCUUUGAGUGAAGGGGCGUCGGUGACGUCUGUGACAGGUGCAUCUCCUGGCGCAGGGGUGGGGCAGGGCCCGGUGCUGCAGUUCUUCACCAAGCUGAGGCGCCACGCCAGCCUGGAGGGAGCCAGCCCAUACUUCAAGAAGUGGAAGCUAGACAGCAGCCAGCGGGCCUCCAGUCUGGACACCAGAGGGUCCCCUAAGAGGAGACAGUUCCAGCGGCAGCGCGCUGCCAGCGAGAGCAUGGACCAGGAGGAUAGCGAUGCCCACCACAUUGACCUCAUCCAGUACAUUGCCAGGACCCAGGACGCCACCUUUCACCCCUGCCGCCCCUCCGCCUCGGCCUGCCUCCUGCCACACUCCUCCCCCUCCACGCCACCACCCUCCCUCGGCAGGUUAGAGGUGGAGGUGGUGGUGGAACCCAGCUGCAGCAGGGGCCAGGGGCUGGAGGUGAUCGGCUUGUCCCCGGAGCCCCAGGACGAGGCAGCGAGCCUGGGGUACUGUAGACCGGAAAACUCGGCAUCAGACCACCAGGCCCUGUACAGAGACAUCUGGACACUCCGGGCCUCCCUGGAGCAGUAUGGCUCCUCAGACCACAUCAACGACAGGGACUCUGUCCGCAGCGAUGCUGACAGUGUCUGCUCUCUGAGGGGGCCGACCAAGAGGGGGGGGCUAACCAGUUACCUCUCCCAGGACAUCGGGGAUGGGCCCGAGGGGGAUGUGGAGCUGCCCAUGGAUGUAGGGAUGGGAGAGAAGGAGAAAGGGGGGAAGCAGGACAGUGUGGAGUCAGAGAGGGGCAGUGACGGGGAGUCAGGGAACCGUAAGUUAAUGCAGAUGGACAGUGGCUAUACGUCUAUAGAGGCUCCAUCACGGGCGCCAGAGGAGCUGAGACUGUUUGGCAGUAGUGGCAGCAGUGGCAGUACAGACAGGUCUGCCCUGGAGAAGAGACACUACUUCACCAGUGCAGGGGGCACUGGCACGGUGGUCGAGAGCUUCGAGGCCCGCAUCUUCGAGGAAGAGCCAGACGAGGAGACGCCGGCGGGUGCAAUGGGCGGCAUGACCAUAGAAACGGCCAGGUCUCCCCUGGGCUGGUCUCCGUACGGUCAGAUGUUCACCCCACGAGAGGCGCAGCCGCAGCCGCACCCCCAACCCCACCCCCACCCCCCCUUAUCAAUUCACCACCGUGACUACAGCAUCGACGAGAAGACGGACGCGCUCUUCCACGAGUUUCUCCGCCACGACCCCCAGUUUGACCAGCAGGAGACGCCCAAGAAACAUCGCUCGCGCAUCCACCUCCGCAAGCAGUGGCAGCGCCACAAGCAGUACAGUGACCCAGGCGUUCGCUACCAGUACCACUCCUUUGAGAGGCAGCGGAACCCCCUCCGACGAGGCGAUAGCGUCAACUACCCGCUGGACACAGGCUACCACAGCACGCUUCCACGCAUCAUCAGUGCGCCUGACGAGGAGGCCAGCGAGGGGACCCCCAGCACCCCCAGACGCCCAAGGCUGAGGCGGUGGUGGCGGGAGGGGCAGAAGGUGCCGAGGUACAGGAAGGAGACAGGAGAGAGAGUCCCGGCAGUAGCACCGUGACCAUCACAGACGACAAAGGGAUGGCGUCCUGUUCCCCUCCCCCGGAGAGAGAGGGUCUGCUAUGGGAGCAGCCCGACCCCCAGGACGACACUAGGCAGGCAGAACACCCCCCUGAGCCACCUGAUGAGCCCCCCCAGCCCCCUGACAAGGGCUACGGCCCACAGACCAUCACAGCCGAGCUGACGGACAAGCUGAGCGCCACCCUGGACGAGCGGCUGUACACGGGCCUGCGACGGACAAAGAACCCGGAGGCGGUAACUGAGUGUGUGGUGACAGUCACUCACGCCUCCCCCGACCACAGCCCAGUGUAGCAUGUCUCCAGUCCUCCUCCACUCCUCCCUGAUCUUUGUGUUUGAUUUGAUUUCAGUCUGCGCCAGGUAAUUGCGAUGUCUCUGUAUCUGUCUGAAUUAGCAUGUUCCAGACCCGUUACAUGAAAACAGGCUACACUAUACAGUGUCAUGUAGGCUAGCUGAAGAAUCCACCCCUAGAUAGUGUCUACAGUACCGUGGUGUCUCUGACUGCUAUGAUUCCUUUCUCCUCUGAGAGAAGUGACGAUGUUAAAGGGAAACACCACUAAAACUAUCAUUUGGUAUUUUUUUCCAUUAGUCCACUGUUGAUACAGUACCAAAAUGUUUUGCAUGUCAGCAGUCUGGUUUCCAAGAUAUUGGACUUUCAAAAAGCAAAGUGUCACCGGCCACAUCAUCAUGAUGACGCUUUGCUUCUUGAAAGGCCAAUAACAUUUUGGGACUGUAUCAACAGCUGAUCAAUGAAAAGAAAGUAGAAUCAUUGUGGAUUUUCCCUUUAAGAGCCCGUAUGCCCUCUGAACUAGUCUAUCCACUGUGAAACCAGGUGCUAUUAAUCAUCUAAAGAUCUGGAUACAAAGUUUAUCUGGGCCCUAUAGGCCAGUCCUGGCUGAAUAUCAAAAUAAGUUUAUCUAUGUUUACAUCACUUUUUCAUCACUUCAUUUCUUACAUAUGGCUCUGGAUAUCUGUUGUCUUUGGCCAUUGACAUAUCAAAUUCUUUCUAUGUGGCAUUUUGACUCUUGAAGUCGUCAUAAUUGUUUUACAAAUAAUUAGGUAUCCCUGAUAUUUUUUCGAAGCCAAAUUUGACAUUGUCCACAUGUUUCUCGGGACAUAUGAAUAUAGUAAUCUACUACUUCAGUACCGUAUUGGUCAUUAAUUGAAGCAAUCCUGUAAAUUGUAAUGUAUGAUCGAAUGCUUUCGGACAGAUUUCUGUUGAAUCUUGAUGUAAUUGAAUCAGAAUCUAUGGUACUAGGAACAGAAAACAGUCGACCAUGGAUUUGAUGAUGAAGAUGAAUUGUUUCUCAUACGCUGUCAUUAAAUGGAUAUGACGAGGGCCGAGGUUCUCCUAAUUUGGACACUAACUAUAUUACAGCAUUUAUAUAAUUACAGCCUCAUCAUGUCCACUCUGGAUCAGAGCAUUAUCCUUCGUCAAAUGUCCUUGUCGCUGAAUGUCUGGACUCAUGUUUCUAUUCAAAGAUGUUCUUAAAGGGGAAAAUUGCUUUCCAGAAACGUUCUGGUUGUUAGGACAUGUUGUUCAAUGCCGUUGUAUUUAUUGUUGACAGAUUUGAUUUAAAUGUGUCUAUGCUCGUUUUAUAUUUCCUCUGCUUGUGACAAUAAGUGGCUUACAGGAGGCCAGGGGGAGAGUUAAAUUCCAGGUUUUUGCCUAAUUUCUGUGCCAGAAAAACCUUGUCUGCAAAUAGAGGGAUCGCAAUAGUGUUACUGACAACUCUGUUAGGAGCACAUAUCAAAGGCAGGCUCCUUUGGCCUCCCCCAACAGUGUUGGUUAGUGCAGGUCUAUAGCUGUAACAGUUUCAAUUAAGGCUUUGAAUGGGGCCAAUGUUGUUCUCGCAGACAUUUGCGUUCAUUGAAUUUCUUCAUACUUUCUCGUGCAUGGGUUCACCGAACAGGCUUUUUUUGUUUGCUUAUAUUCUUUUGUUUCCCCCUCCUUCUCCUGUGAAAGUAGACAACGCAGCAGCGAUCCCCCUGGGCUAUAAGGACUGCACUUCCAAACCAGAACAAAUUCCACAUUUUCUCCUCUGACUUCCUCUGUGUAGACUUUGCCACCCAAUGCUGCCAUUCAAGUAUAACCACAUUAUCAGAUUAUGUUUUAUGGGCCAAAAGAAGGCAAGGAAUGGCAUGCCCAUUCCAGAAGUACCUUGGAAACUAUUUUGCACUUAGCUGUGUAAUGGCUGGGAGUGUGCUGCAUCUCCCACAUGCUACAGUCAGCAGUUCCGGCUCCCAGCUCUCUGACCCAAACUGUAAAAAUAAUCCUGUUGUUUUUCCGGUAACUUACUGGCAGCCAGUUACCUGUAAGUUACUGUAAUAAAAGGUACUGUAUGUUACCGUAAAUUCAAAAUAAACUUUGGUUUAACAGUACAUUACUGUAAACUUUAUCCCCAGUUUCCGCAGAAGCUAGUUAUUGCUUUACGUUUAGAGGAAAGUGCUGCAGGAAAAGGUGCUGAAUAUGGUCUCUGGCUGAGGGUGUAACACAAUUAAGAUUAAGAUCACUUUAUUGGUCAAUUGGUGACAAGAUCCAACCAAAAUUUGACUUCUGCUUUAUCCCAACCCCCCCGAAAGAUAAGCAUACAGAUAACUGCAAAAAUGAUGGAUUCAAUGUAUAUUGAAAGCAGGUGCUUCCACACAGGUGUGGUUUCUGAGUUAAACGAUUAACAUCCAAGCAUGCGUAGGGUCAUUUAUCAGACUUGCCUAGUUAAAUAAAGGUUAAAUAACAAUUUAAAAUAAAUACAUGUAUAAAAGUGCUGGGGAGGCCAUUAUUUUGGCUACCAUGGAAACGCUCCCAUAGAAUGACAAUGCCCCCAUCCACAGGGCACGAGUGGUGACUGAAUGGUUUGAUGAGCAGGAAAACGAUGUGAACCAUUUGCCAUGGCCAUCUCAGUCACUAGAUCUCAACCCAAUUGAACUCUUACAGUAUGGGAGAUUCUGGAGCGGUGCGGGAGACAGUGUUUUCCACCACCAUCAACAAAACACCAAAUUAUGGACUUUCUCAUGGAAGAAUGAUGUGGCAUCCCUCCAAGAGUUCCAGACCCUUGUAGAAUCUAUGACAAGGUGCAUUGAAGCUGUUCUGCCUCAUGGUGGCCCAACACCUUAUUAAGACACUUUAUGUUGGUGUUUCCUAUAUUUUGGCAGUUACCUGUACACACACACAUGCAUACAUACAUAUACAGUGCCUUGCGAAAGUAUUCGGCCCCCUUGAACUUUGCGACCUUUUGCCACAUUUCAGGCUUCAAACAUAAAGAUAUAAAACUGUAUUUUUUUGUGAAGAAUCAACAACAAGUGGGACACAAUCAUGAAGUGGAACGACAUUUAUUGGAUAUUUCAAACUUUUUUAACAAAUCAAAAACUGAAAAAUUGGGCAUGCAAAAUUAUUCAGCCCCUUAAAUUAAUACUUUGUAGCGCCACCUUUUGCUGUGAUUACAGCUGUAAGUCGCUUGGGGUAUGUCUCUAUCAGUUUUGCUCAUCGAGAGACUGAAAUUUUUUCCCAUUCCUCCUUGCAAAACAGCUCGAGCUCAGUGAGGUUGGAUGGAGAGCAUUUGUGAACAGCAGUUUUCAGUUCUUUCCACAGAUUCUCGAUUGGAUUCAGGUCUGGACUUUGACUUGGCCAUUCUAACACCUGGAUAUGUUUAUUUUUGAACCAUUCCAUUGUAGAUUUUGCUUUAUGUUUUGGAUCAUUGUCUUGUUGGAAGACAAAUCUCCGUCCCAGUCUCAGGUCUUUUGCAGACUCCAUCAGGUUUUCUUCCAGAAUGGUCCUGUAUUUGGCUCCAUCCAUCUUCCCAUCAAUUUUAACCAUCUUCCCUGUCCCUGCUUAAGAAAAGCAGGCCCAAACCAUGAUGCUGCCACCACCAUGUUUGACAGUGGGGAUGGUGUGUUCAGGGUGAUGAGAUGUGUUGCUUUUACGCCAAACAUAACGUUUUGCAUUGUUGCCAAAAAGUUACAUUUUGGUUUCAUCUGACCAGAGCACCUUCUUCCACAUGUUUGGUGUGUCUCCCAGGUGGCUUGUGGCAAACUUUAAACAACACUUUUUAUGGAUAUCUUUAAGAAAUGGCUUUCUUCUUGCCACUCUUCCAUAAAGGCCAGAUUUGUGCAAUAUACGACGGAUUGUUGUCCUAUGGACAGAGUCUCCCACCUCAGCUGUAGAUCUCUGCAGUUCAUCCAGAGUGGUUAUGGGCCUCUUGGCUGCAUCUCUGAUCAGUCUUCUCCUUGUAUGAGCUGAAAGUUUAGAGGGACGGCCAGGUCUUGGUAGAUUUGCAGUGGUCUGAUACUCAUUCCAUUUCAAUAUUAUCGCUUGCACAGUGCUCCUUGGGAUGUUUAACGCUUGGGAAAUCUUUUUGUAUCCAAAUCCGGCUUUAAACUUCUUCACAACAGUAUCUCGGACCUGCCUGGUGUGUUCCUUGUUCUUCAUGAUGCUCUCUGCGCUUUUAACGGACCUCUGAGACUAUCACAGUGCAGGUGCAUUUAUACAGAGACUUGAUUACACACAGGUGGAUCAUCAUUAGUCAUUUAGGUCAACAUUGGAUCAUUCAGAGAUCCUCACUGAACUUCUGGAGAGAGUUUGCUGCACUGAAAGUAAAGGGGCUGAAUAAUUUUGCACGCCCAAUUUUUCCGUUUUUGAUUUGUUAAAAAAGUUUGAAAUAUCCAAUAAAUGUCGUUCCACUUCAUGAUUGUGUCCCACCUGUUGUUGAUUCUUCACAAAAAAAUACAGUUUUAUAUCUUUGUUUGAAGCCUGAAAUGUGGCGAAAGGUCGCAAAGUUCAAGGGGGCCGAAUACUUUCGCAAGGCACUGUAUAUAGAUAUACAGUAUAUAUAUAUACACACACACAGGUUGGAGCAGGGGGCUGCCACACUGGGCACCUGUGGAGCAGUUGUUGGGGGAGUUAAGUCCCUUGCUCAAGGGCACAACAACAGGCAAUGGCAUCUAAUAUUUGAUAUUAGCAACCCUCCGGUUGCCAGCUCCAGUCCUGACAGAUUUUUCCCAGCAGACCUGGGACUCAAACUGGCAACCCUCCGGAUGCUGGCUCGCCUCUCUAACUGCUAGGCUACCUGCCAUUGCAAUAAAGAUAGACGUUUCUGUAAUUGGGAAAGAGGGAGAUAUUUCUAGCUGUCAUUUCCCUAUGUUUGGGUGUGAUUGUGCUACUUCACAGCACUGGGGAAUCAGAUCUGUUUCCUCUAACAUGGAGAUCAGACAGCUCCUUGUUAUAGCAGAGUGGACUCACAGGCAGAAGGCACCUUCCCUCAUUAGACAAAGAAUGGUCAAGAUGAAAGGUGGUGAGAGGGCUUGAAUUUGUCUUCUAGUGUGGAGAGGCUAGUGAUAUCCUUCCUUUCUGUCCCCUUCACUUAGCCCACACAUCAGUGCACAUUACGUCACCAUGGGAAACCCAGGGGCUUCACAUGUUUCAGCACCAUUUUGUGUUAUUACCAGGUGCCUUUAUGGAGGUGUUGGAACAUCAUCAAGGAAGGAAAAAGACCGAUAUUUCAGCCAGUCAUCUUAGGAACAAACAAGAUCAGAUGCCUUUGAGGUUACUGGUUACUUAACAUUUUCUGAUUAUUGUCAGAAAUUAGAGGAAUAGUGCAUCAUUUCUGCCAUUUAGUUGAAUUGAUGGAAGAAAGGGGGUGAUAACACCAACUUAAUGAAAAAGACUAGAGGGGUGAACAAAUUAGUACAUUUGUACAAAAAGUUACUUUGUUGUGAGAUACAAGCACAAUGUUGGAGGAGCUAAUGUAGUCUAUGUCUUUUAUUAGGUGUAGACGUAACUGGGAACACUGGUCAAAUACUUUUUGUAUAUGAACAAGUAGCCUGUCCACUGCAUUGAUGCAUUACGGUGCAUAGGUUUGCAUGACAAUUAACCAUUUUAAUACGUAUCUCCAUGUUUCUCAGAACUACUGUACCAAAUGAUUCCAUGGUUGUUGGUCGACACUUUUGAGGCAGAACAUAGACAUUUAAAUCAGCACUGGUACUUCUAGAGGUUUUGUAUUCUAUGACAUUUACUUUUGUUUAGGAGUCAUGCAAUGCUAACUGAUAUGCUAUGAUUGUGAGAUUUAUUUCCAUGAAAGAAAAAUAUAUAUAUUUCUGUAUUCCUGCUUGUUAGUUAUUACUGCUCAAUUUCUCGAAGAACUAGUUCAAAAAAGUAGAGCUUUAUAAACAACUUAGCCUUUGUUGACCCCUACCUAUUUGAGCCUUGAGGGACCAAACAAUUGAAAAUGUUAUUUUGGGGUUUUCCAAUCAGUAAAUAAAUGAAUGAAG